AUGGCGACGAAGCCAUCAACUGAGAACGAGGUGAAGGUGAAAAUCCCAGGCGCGGGAAAGAGUGCCCUUUCUCCUGAAGCAGAACUUGCUUCGAAGGCAGCUCUUGCCACGGCGAUGGAAGAGAGUAAUAUUGCCCUAUCUCCGUCGGAGGAGACGCAGGAUGGCGACGUGAAAACGGUGUUCCAGGAUCCUUCGGACUUUAAUUUGAAGCACCCUCUUUUUAAUAAGUGGACCUUGUGGUUUGAUAACUUGCAGCAAAAAGGCGUCGGCAGCGCGAAAGAGCGCCGCGAAAGCUGGGGUGCGAAUUUGCACAAGGUGGUCGGCCUCGACAGCGUCGAAGAGUUCUGGGGCCUGUACAAUAAUAUCGUACCUCCGUCGAGUCUCCCGCAAAGCUCGAACUAUUAUCUUUUCAAAGAUGGCAUCCAGCCUGCGUGGGAGGACCCCGCGAAUGGCAACGGCGGCAAAUGGAGUCUCCAGCUCCCGCGCGAGAAGCAUCGAGGGCAGAUCGAUAAACUAUGGCUGUAUACCAUGCUGGCCGCCAUUGGUGAAACAUUGGAAACCCCAUCUGCGCAAAAGCAACCACCUUGCUCUAGGGAGGACGAGCUUGUGACUGGCGUGAUUUUGCAGGCGCGUCCAAACUACUACCGCAUUUCCAUCUGGACUCGCCGCGCGGACGAAUGGGACGAUGGAGAUAUGCCCGAUGGUGAAGUUUCCGAGUCCAUCUUGGUCGGUCGGCGCCUUAAGGAUAUGGGUCGCUUUUUUAAGACCGAUGUUUUGGGAUACCCAAUGGAUGCCAAGGUAGGAGGUGGUUUCUCCUCCGAAGUCGAGUUCCAAAGUCACAAAGACAGCGAAAAGAAGCGCGGGAAGCGUAGCCUUGUGUCGUAG